UGAAGAAGUAUUGUUGUUGUAUUUUCAUGUUGAUUUUGUCAGUCCAUCUAAAGUCCUGAUUGAGGAAAUUCUUUUAUUCAUCACUUUUGACCUCUCAAGCUCCAUCAGGUUGGAUGGGGAGCGUCGGUGCACAGCUGUUUUCAGAUCUCUCCAGAGAUGUUCAAUUGGGUUCAUGUCUAAAAAAAAGGUUUUUGAAAAACACAACACUCAUGUGAUCCGGGCCAAAGAAGAAAAGGACCAUCCAAGCUAUUAUUAGCGUCAGGUCCAAAUUCCAGUUUCUGUAUGGGCCAAGGGUGUAUCAGUGCCCAUGGCAUGGCAACAUGCACAUCUGUGAGAGCACCAUUAAUGCAGACAGAUAUGUAAAUAUUUUGGAGCACCAUCUUUUCCAAGGUUGUCCCCACAUUUUCCAGCAGGACAAAUUCAAAGCACAUACUGUCUGGAUUACAAGUUCAUGGCUGUGUGAGCAGAGAGUGUAGGUGCUAAAUUGGCCUGCCUGCAGUCCUGAUCUGUCUCCAAUUGAGAAAGUCUGGCACAUUGUGAAGCACACCGGCAACGAAAACCCCAUACACUUGUGCAGCAAAAGACCUACCUAAUGGAUGAAUGGGAUCUGCUCCUCCAAAUAACACAGCAACUGUGAUUCACCCCUGCAGUGAAACCACCUCCUCAGCGAUUCAACAACACAUGUGGUGAUUAUUUUUAUCACCCUACAAGUGAAGAAGAGAAAAAACCUUCAAAGUGUAACCAUUGAACUCUACUGGCCUACUAUUGGAAAAAAUGAAUUUUGUUAAAGAGGAGAGUGAAGACAUCAGUAUUACAGAAUCAUGCAAAAUGGAAAAUGAAGAUACUGAGGUACAAAGAGACUUUGUAGAAGUGAAAGAGGAGAGUCAAGAAGUGAAAGAAGAGAGUCAAGAACUGAAGGAUGUGGAGGAGAAAAUUCAUGAUCAUACAUUUUCUAAUUUCGUCACUGUUGAAGAAUCUUUCAGUGACUCAAAGACUGAAAAUAAUUUCUCACACAAAAGAACUCGAAGAACAAAAGCCACAGAUUCUUUGACCUGCUCUCACUGUGGAAAGAGUUUCACAGAAAAAAGAAACCUUAAUGCUCACUUAAAACUUCACACUGUAGAGAAGCCUUUCCCCUGCAUUCAGUGUGGAAAGAGUUUUGCGCAUAAAAGAAGUCUUCACCGUCACAUAAGAAUUCACACCGGAGAAGAGCCUUUUACCUGCCUUCAGUGUGGAGAGUGUAUUGCAAAUAUAAUAAAUCAUCAGCAUCAUAUGAGUAUUCACACUGAAGAGAAGCCUUUCACCUGCUCUCAGUGUGGGAAGAGUUUCAUAGAGAAAAUAAACUUUAACACUCACUUAAAACUUCACACUGAAGAGAAGCCUUUCACCUGCCUUCAGUGUGGAAAGAGUUUUGCACAUAAAAGAAAUAUUCACCGUCACAUGAGAAUUCACACCGGAUUGAAGCCUUUCACCUGCCUUCAAUGUGAAAAGAGUUUUGCACAUAAAAUAAAUCUUGACCAUCACAUGAUAAUUCACACUGGAGAGAAGCCUUUCACCUGCCUUCAGUGUGGAAACAAUUUUGCACAUAAAAGAAAUAUUGACCGUCACAUGAGAAUUCACACUGGAGAGAAUACUUUCACAUGCCUUCAGUGUGGAAACUGUUUUGCAAAUAUAAGAAAUCUUCAGUAUCACAUGAGAAUUCACACUGGAGAAAAGCCUUUCACCUGCUCUCAGUGUGGCAAGAGUUUCAUAGAGAAAAGAAACUUUAAAACUCACUUAAAACUUCACACUGGAGAGAAGCCUUUCACCUGCCUUCAGUGUGGAAAGAAUUUUGCACAAAAAAAAUAUCUUCACCGUCACAUGAGAAUUCACACCGGAGAGAAGCCAUUCACUUGCCUUCAAUGUGGAAAGAGUUUUGCUCAUAAAGGAGAUCUUCAGUAUCACAUGAGAAUUCACACUGGAGAGAAGCCUUUCACAUGCUCUCAGUGUGGAAAGAGUUUUGCACAUAAAAGAAAUCUUCACCGUCACCUGAGAAUUCACACCGGAGAGAAGCCGUUCACCUGCUCUCAGUGUGGCAAGAGUUUCAGAGUGAAAGGACAUCUUCAGCGUCACAUAAGAAUUCACACUGGCGAGAAGCCUUUCACCUGCUCUCAGUGUGGAAAGAGUUACAAACAUGCAAGCCAUCUAACACUUCAUCUGCGCUCUCACUCUGGAUUUAAGCCAUUUAACUGAUCAGUGUGGCAAAACAUUUUUGGGUGCAUCACAACUACACAUGACAAGUCACAUAAAUGAGAAUCGUCACGUGUGUUUUUUGUGUGGAAAGAGUUUCAUUACAUUAGCAAUCCUGAAAUUACAUGAGCGAGUGCAUACUGAAGAGAAGCCAUACCACUGUACUUCAUGUGAGAAUAGUUUUAGCCAUUUAAGUAAUCUACACAACCAUCUAAAAAAGCAUUGUCCAAAGCUGUCGAACUAAACAAAUUUAAUUCCAGGGACAGGGACAAUACUUUUUUGUUGUAACUAAAGCUGUCAAAAUAAAUGGCUGAUGACAGCUCGCUCCUCCCCCGGUGGAUGGUAUUGGGUCCUCCGACCCCGAGCAGACGGUCAUGCUCCUCCCCCUCCUUUCUCUCUCUUCUUUUUUCUCUAUAAUUUUUUCCUAUGGAGGACGCAGCAUGCCUCAGAUCCGGCAGUGACUCCUCCGUCCCAGGGCGGAUGGCUGCGGAUGCUCCUCAGUCGGCUGGCAGUGGCCAUGACUCCAUGACAGCGCAUUCGUCCUCCUUCCCUGGUUUCGGGACCAAUGUAACAGGGGGGAUAAAAUGGGAUAUGAGGAGGCGGGAACCAGACAAACCAUCAAAAUAAUGUUUAAUUUAAAAUACCGUAAUUUCCGGACUAUUGAGCGCACCUGAAUAUAAGCCGCACCCACUGAUUUUUAAAUAAAAUAUUAUUUUAAACAUAAAUAAGCCGCACCUGUCUAUAAGCCGCAGGUGCCUACCGGUACAUUGAAACUUUACUCUGGCUUUAACGAAACACGGCUUGUAACAAAAAAUAA